AUGAAAAAAUUUAAUUUUAUGCUAUUUUUGAUGCUAGUUUUGAACUAUUAUUUGAUAGUUUGGAUAUUAGUAUAAUAUAAUAUAGACGGGUAUUAUAUACUUUUUGUAGUUUUACUUUGCUUUUUAUCAGUUGAAAGAAUAUUUAGUAUUAUUAGAGGUACUUUUGCCCAUACUUAAGAGAGUUAAUAAUUAGAUAUCGGAUUAAUGAAAAGUAUAGCUUUGAACUUGAUUUUUUUUGAUUAUAGCAUAUAAAUUGAUAGCAACUAGGAAUAAUCUGAUGAUUAAUUAAAAAAUGACUAGAAUUACUUAUUUAACUUAAAUUUUUUGGCACACUGCUUGAAUCAUAUACCAAUUAUUUUCAAUAUUUAUAUCUUACUAAAUGAAUCAACUUAAACGUUAUAAAGCUAUAAUAUUUAUCUUGCUAUUACGAUUUAUGGAAUUUCUCAUUAAAUUAUCAUAGAUUUUAUUAAUUAUAAAUUAACUCAGAGACAUCAUAGAUUUGUCCUUUUGUCAAUUUAUAGAUUUAUUUAAAAUGGAUGUAAAAAAGUAUGUUUUUUUAUGCUGAUAGCUGUUUUAAUUAAUUACAGAUUAUCUUAUCUUUUACUAUAUAUUAUUUACUUACUUCGCUAUGUUUAUUCUUUAUUCUAAGCUGAAAGUGUAAAAUCUUUGGAAUUACUUCCUAUUUUACAAAUACAAUAUGUAUUCAGUUCACAGCUACUAAGUAAGUAUGACAUCAAAGCAAUUCACUUUCUAAGAUCUAACCUUUUUUAAUAUUUAAUGCUUAUGUUAUUAUUAAUAAUUCAUCUAAGCAUCAAUUAAGCUCUUGAUAUUUACAGUAAUAGAAUAAUUUAUGCAACUUUUAUAGCUAAUACUUUCGAAAUAUUAUCCUCUGUGGUUUCUUAUUAUUUAUUCUUAAAGAAAGGCCCUUUAAAAUUUAAAAUUGGCAUAACAGUUGAAAUGAAAAAUUACAAAAAGAAAAUAUCUAAUCUAAUUAGAUUAUUACAUUAAAAAAAGUUCAGUCUUUUUUUUAGUAUGUUUAUAAACUUGUAAAAUUAUAAAAUUUUUUAAACUGAGGAGCUAAUUGAUAUAAUAAAAUAUGUAAUGCAUGGAUCAAUAUUUUAUCACCUUAAAGUGAGAAAUUUAGAUUCAAAUAAUUAAAUAACUAACUUAAUAACUUUAACUUCUUAAAAGGAUUAAUUAUCAAUAGAAAUAGAAAAUAUUAAAGAAUUUAAUUAGCUUUAGAUUUUAAUUUCUUAUUUUUUAUAAAAUAUCUUUUCCUCUAAGUAAAUCAAUAUAAAAAUAAACUAAAUAUUAGAAAUUUAAUUACAAAAACUAUUUGUGUAAGAGCUAUGCAGCUAUUAUCCUAACAAAAUUAUUAUUAAUGAUGUUAAUUAAAAUGAUUUAUUUAGUUUUUGGUAUUCUUAGUAGUUAAGUAUGACACUAUUUUAUAAUAAAUUCAGUAACUUUAUUCCUAUCAAUCCAACAUAUUUGCUCUAUGAUUUACAUGAAUGA